UGAAAUGUACAAGAGCCACCUGCGGCUCUUUUACAUUUCAAAGGAAGAGGCACAGGGGGGAACCCGUGCCAGCAGAGACUACUUCAUCCCUGCUGUCUCGGGUUUCCACUGACUCUCUCCUUUUGAAAUGUGCAAGAGCCACCCCGUGGCUCCUGUAGCUUUCAAAGAGAGAGGCGCAGAGGAUACUGAACACCCCCUUAUCAACUAAUCAAGUAGUUGAGGGAAAUUCCAUCAACUACUCAAAUCAGCUGAUUAAUCGAAAUUUCACUUCCCUAGUUUUGUUGUCUUAAGUGCAAAAUUGUAGUGCAACGAAGUAGGGGAAUCUAUGGGGCUUUUAAAAUAUUUUAUCCCAAAGAUGAUCCUACCGUAUAACACAGAUAUUGCUGUGUGUGGUUUUGUUGUUGUUGUUGUUUUUUAAGAGGGCUGGGAUCAAAUAGUGUCUGAACUGUAGUUAAAUUCUGGAUUACUAUCUUUAUAGAAAUAACUAUAGUGCAUUGAAUCUGUUCAUUUUUCUUAUAGCAGGAUCUCUGAUGACAACAGAACACUCGAAACAACAGUUUGUGUCCACUAAAGUUGUAACAUCUCCUAGUACAAGUACUCCAUAUACUAGAGCAACAGAGACUACAGAGAUUCCAUCUUAUGUGAGUAAGUGUCCCAGCAAUGGGCUCUGCAGCAAAUUGCCACCAGAUUGUAUGACUUGUACAACAAACGUCUCCUGUGUAUAUGGGAAGCCAGCAACUUUUGAUUGCAAGGUCAAGCCACAAAUUCAUUGUGUUGAUCAGAAAAACAAUCAAGUAGAGAACUUCACAAUCAACAUGACUUGUCAGUUUUGCUGGCAGCUUGAACCUACUGAUUAUGUAUGUACUAAUUCUACAAACUGCAUGACAGUCUCUUGUCCACGACAACGAUAUAACGCCACUUGUACAGUACACGAUCAUAUUCAUUGUCUAGGUAAGCGUGUCUUUCCUAAGAUGCUUUACUGCAACUGGACUGGAGGCUAUAAAUGGUCUACAGCCUUGGCACUAAGCAUCACUCUUGGUGGAUUUGGAGCAGAUCGUUUUUACUUGGGCCAGUGGCGUGAAGGUCUGGGCAAACUCUUCAGCUUUGGCGGACUGGGAAUAUGGACACUAAUAGAUGUGCUGCUAAUAGGAGUUGGUUAUGUGGGACCUGCGGAUGGAUCUCUCUACAUUUAAGUACACAUAUAACAUGCUUCAGAGAAGGAUCAAAUUUAGGAAGGGGCCUAAAGAAAGAAUGUAGAAAUUGCUCCUUAAAGAACUAGUAAUGUGUUCCCUGUGUGCACAUAUUAUAAUGUACAGUAUCUGUACUUAGCCUGCCUUGAACUAAGGUGAAAUAAAUGAGUGGAUCACUGAACAAUGUUUAUUUGUAACUGAUUUCCUUUGGCUUGCAAGUACUGUAUUUUUUUUCUAUGAAAAGUUUGUUGCACAGCUAAAUAAGUUGACUACUGUUUCUUAAGAAAAUAUAAAUGAAUUAAACACUAAGCUGAGAAUUGUUUACCUCAUAUUUGUAUGUUGUGUGAAUUUAGCUAACAAGCUUCCAUAAAUAUGCUAGCAAGAAUUUUUUUCAUCUUCAUGGCAAGAUAAAUUGCUUGCAGAAAGCCUAAACUACUUGGGCAAUAUGUAGAUUGCCACUUACUGUAAUCUUAAUUAUAUGUAGUUUCUCUUCUUUUUUUCACUUUGGAAUGUCAUAAGCUUAAUUUUUCUGUUGUAACUGUAAAUUUGUGGCUUUUUAAAAAUAGGAUGCAAUAAUACUAAAAAUCUAAUCCUAAAUCACGUUAAGUAGUACACCACAGGAUUUGUUUCCAGCAUGAUGAUGAUUCUGCUUGGCCUUGACCUGAGAUCACUAUAUAUUGCAUAUCUUUUUUGUACUCAAAACUUACAGGGUGUUAAUUUCAUUACCAGGUCUCUUUUUUUUUUUUUUUUUUUUUUCAAUUAUCAGUUAAAGAUUUGGUAACAAAAUAUUUUUUAUGGAAAUAUUUGUAUGUUUACUUGUAACAACCUUCACUGACAUUAAGUAAAUGUUCUAGAAAAUGUAACAUUUGUUUUUAAAGUUGGACAAUAUUGUCUAACUUGAAAAAAAAUCAGAAAACAAAAGUCCUACCUCUCAGCUACAUGUUCUCUUUCCAAGGUCUUCUAUAGCAAUCCACUAAACUGCACUACACUGAAAACUGUCAGGUGGAUAAACUUCAAUUGAAUUAAAUGAUGAAAAUUAAUGAAGUAGUGUGUUUUUAUAUUAUAUUCAGUGUAUUACUUGCUGUCCCUCUUUUAAUCUGUAUGUUCUGGAAGGGGAGAGGUGGAAAAUAGAAAUGUUCUUGUCAGCCCUGCUUGCAAAAUAAACUUCACCCAUGUAAGUUGCA